CGCUCCUGUCCGCGCUUGCGCAAUGAAUGUUUACCUAUAUUAAACGUUGAUUUUAGAAUAAGUCUUUGGAUAUUUGCUAAGAAAAAUGGGGGCCGAACAAAGUGUAGGAACAACUCAACCAACACAAAAAUCAGAUGUGAAGCCGGCGUCUAAAAAAAGUGAGACAUCAACUCAAACUGAUGAUGUUGUUAAUGAAGGUGCCUCUAAUGAAGCCACUCAACCGGGAACUGGAGCAGACAGUGCUGCAGUCAACACAGAUACUGAACCGGACGGUAGUGUUAUACCAGACGAGCCCCCACCUUAUACAAGGCUAGGCGAGGAAGCUUCUGAUGAUACCUCUGUGAAAAGGGACCUGUCAUCAGAAUCAAAAAAGAGUCCCCGGGAUAACGAAUCUUUAGAUGACUUGAAAUUUGCGAUAGAAAAGAGUAAUAUUGACUUUAACGGAAGGCUAGAUUCUUUAGAAAAGUCUUUACAGAGCAAUAUUGAGCAUCAGGGUAAAACCAGUAAGGCUUUAAUGGAUCUCCAAGACACUGUUUACACAUAUUUUGAAACGAGAAAUGAAGAUGUAACUACAAGUCUCCAAGAAGACGAUACUAGGAGACGAGAGCAAUUUACUGAACGACUUGGCAAGCAUGUGGUGGAGCACUUGCUUAACAGUGAGGUAUUUAAAGACAUGAUGCAACAAGGCAUGGGUAUCGGCCAAAUUGAGGAACAAGAAGAAAAAGUUUUAGAACACAACAAAGAUAACGAAUCAAGCACCAGUCAAAAAGACAAACCAGAGUCCGGGUUAUUAGAAGAUAACACUGAUUUGUCUAAAAUGAAACUAGUAACCUCGGUGGAUUCUAUUCAUAAAGUUCCAUCUGACCUGGCCUCUGUCAGUCUUGAUGAUUUUAGAGAAGUCAGUUUUGAUAGGGAAGUCAGUUUUGAUGAAAAUAAACCUGAAAGUCCAGUCAUUUGCAAAGAUAAGAAGCAGAAAGACUUUCGAAUAGAUUCGAAUGUUUGGAAAUUAUGUAUGAACAAAGCAGACAAAGGAUAUGAGGCAAAACAGUUAUUAGAAAUGAGAAUUUUGCCCGAUAAAUAUUUGCUGAAAAAGAUUGGCUCCGAGCUUAACCGUAGAUCAGACAUUUUCCAGUCGAUCUGUCAGUGCAUUUGUCAAUAUAUCAAAACAAGGUCAAGUAAGAUAGUAAAUGUUUGGACGGCCUUUAGAUACAAUAAGUUUGACAAGCAGUGCGGAAAUGAAAUCAUAUUUGUUGUUAUAACAAAGGAACCAGAGGAAGCUAUUAAUAUCGAGUAUGAAACGUACCAAAGAUGCUUAUACGACAUUUCCGACAAAUGUGACAAAGAAAACAGUAGAAUACAGUUGGAGGAAAAUAAGCACAGACUUCACGAUGUACAGAUAGCAGAUUUAACAAAGUGCCUUAAGAAUAAUGCCAAACAAUUGAUGAAAAAACAUACAAAUCUUACGAGAGCAACUAUAAGUUGGGUAAAAUCUAGUGAGUUCGGGAGUAAGCAAUGCAGUUUGAAACAGUCGCCAUGCGUUGCACUUUAUGUCCAAAUCAAGGGACUUGUUCCUAUCGAUGAAGACCCAUUUGAUGAAUUUGUCGGCGGAUAUCAUGUUGACGUGCGAGAAGGUGUGUUUACCCUUUGCGGAUUCUCUACUGAUUUGCACCAAAAUGUUAAAAUGGGCUGUGCUUUAAACAGCAGGUUCGGGUCCCUGCAAGGAACUAUAUAGGACAUUUUAUUAGAUUUCAGUCUGAUCCCCAUACAUACUUGUUAACCAGCACCCACGUUUUGCUAAAUCCUGAUCAAAUGAAAAGACUCAUUAUGGACAAGAACGUAUAUUACGGGCUUUGUGGAAAUGACGCAUUUCAACCACCUGAAAAUACAACUGUUGGUCAAGGUACUCGUCACCACCUUGGCAAGAUAGAAUUAGCUGUGUACAAGGAAGGAGGUGAUGGAAAUUCUGGUAUGGAAAUUGCUUUAGUGAAAAUUGAUGAAAAUCGUAUUCCAGUUGAUGGCAGGUUUCCUGAUUCAAACGUUUACCACAAUGAUUUUGGAACAAAUAAUCCUUUUGAAUUUCCAACAGAACGCAUUUGUAAUUUAUCGAAUAUUUCAUCGUCAAGCGAUGUAUACAAGUUUGGGGCAUUCUCUGGUCUGACUAAAGGUAACGUGCGAGUUCAAGGUUCUUCUGUUAGAUAUAGUAUGUUAAUAGACAACUACAUGGGUGUCGAUGUUGUAUUACAUCAGCAAAUUGAAAUAGAAGAUGUCGAUGACCAAACAUUUGGUGUUCAAGGCGACUCCGGUUCACUUGUUUUGAAAAGAGAAAAUGACCAAUUAUCUGCAGUCGGCUUAUUUGAAGGUAAAAUAGGAAAUGUUUAUAUGGUUACUCCUAUAGUUGAUAUAAAACAAGAAUUAAGCAAGGCGCUUUCUUUGAAUAGAGAACCGCCAUCUCAAGUAGGAAUGGAUAUUGAUGAUGACAAUUUCAGCAUGGCAAUGAAACUGUAUUAUGUACCGACAAAUGUUAAUUCAACGCAACAAGCUGGUAUGACAGAUAACGUAAGCGCAGAAAUUUCAAGACAAACCACGGAUUUGCAGAGAAAUAUUAUGCACAGUACCGACCACAAAAUAAAUUCCGUGAAAACAGAACUUACAGUUAUCAAACAGCACAUUGAUAACACAAAGAAUGAAAUCAUGAGUAAUAUUCAAGAGAUGGAAAAUAGAGUAACUGGAAACAUAAGUAGCCAAAUAGAUAGACUAUUUAGAAAUCUUCAAUCACAGGGAAACACAUGAUGUGUAUUGUAGUAAUGAAGGUUGUUAAGGUAUGAACAACCUCAUGGACACAUCAAUUAACUGCAAAUUGACAACAUAGGUAAGUUAUUUGCCUUAAAGAACAUCUGCACUAAACUUAAGCUUAGAUAUUAGAGGGGGGACUUUUCAGAAAUGAGGAGUUUGUAAAUAAUCUAUAAUAUCAUCUUUAUGAAAAAAUGUUUCCCAUUAAUUAUUGUUAAGAAACAAAUAAUAACAUAAUAAAUACUUACAACACACACAAGGACCACCCAUUUUCAACGCUUGUUUGACAAUUUUCCUAUGUAAGAAUAAAACCUAAAAUUUACCAAAAUGGGGGGCUGUUUUCAAAGUUUCUCAAAAGUUUUUCAAAAGUAUAUUGGUUAAUCCUGUAAAAUAUUAAACACUUUUACCGUGUAGUUUUGUUUUUAUAAGAUAUUGAAUAUAUCAGGUAUCAUAUUUGUGACAAGAUUAAGCAUUAUCUAUAUUAAUUAUAAAAUUAACACUUUUCUUUCUUAAAAAUAAUGUUAAAUGAAAAAAGAGAGACCAGUUGAGCGUUCUGGAGUUUACAUACAUACAUACAUACAUACAUACAUACAUACAUACAUACAUACAUACCUGCACGCGCAUACAUACAUACGUACGUACGUACAUACAUACAUACAUACAUACAUACAUACAUACAUACAUACAUACAUACAUACAUACAUACAUACAUACAUACACAUACUGUUCCCAUAAAUGGAGUUUGAUAUAAGAUAUUUAUAUUUUAUUUACAAGAUUAUUAUUUCUUGGUAUUUAAAACGCCUCUUUUGUUUUUCCUGGUAAAAACGUUGUUAAGUUUUCUAAACAUCUUAACCGGUUGAGACUCUCUGGUUGCUUCCUUUAAAUACUGGUUUAGAUUUACUGCUAAAUGACAUACUUUAUCUGCAUCUUUCUUCAUUGCUUGUGAUAUUAAUUUUAUAUUGUAUAUAUAAUUUAAUAUAUUGUUAGUUUUGAUGACAUGACCUCUGUGUUCCUUUACACAUAUGUCUUGUGUAUUGUUAGAUGUUUUGAAUGUUUACACGUUUAGUGAUAUCAUAAAUUGGCGAUAUCAUAAAAGUACUUUCCUUUCGUGUCCUCUCAUAUCCAUUUUUUUCCCUCCCCUUCCACACGCCAGUCCCUUUUGUUCCCGUAUCAGCCCUUUCAGCUCUUUUCAUUUUACUUAUUGUAUUUCUCUCCCCUCCUUUCACCACUCUUGUGUUCUAUCUCGUUUUUGUUUCGGUGCCUUCUGGGUGCUCUGCUGGUGUGAUGGUUUGUUUCGGGACUGCUUUCUGUAAACAUCGCUUUGCCUUGCUGAUCCUUCUUCUCUUUCCUUUUUUGGAGGAGGGUAAGGCUUCAUUACCAAAUCCCAAUAUGUUCAUCUUUAUUCUUGUUUACUACAUAGUUUAAAGUUUAGCUUUACAUUAUUUUCAUAAUUGAUACUUUGUUAUGAUUGUGUUCAACAGUAGCAGGCAUUAUUAUACAAUGUAAGCUUUUUCGUUUUGCACUUAAUAUAAAUUAUUUAAAAUAAAUGUAUUGCGUUGUUAUAAUGAUUUUUUGUUUGUUAAUGUUUGUUAUAUUUUAUGUUGUUGUGUAUAAAUUACCUUUAACAUAUUGUUGUUUUGAUGAUAUGGCUAUGUGUUCCUAUAAAAGUAUGUCUUGUGUAUUGUUAGAUGUUUUGAAUGUUUACUCGUUUUGUGAUAUCCUAAAUUGUCGUCAAUGGUAUUUUCCUUUCAUUUCCCAUUUAAUUGAUAUAUUUUAGUUCUAAAAUAACAAAUUAUUUCGAGUAAACCGUGACUUUUGUGAACUGUUUUCUGAUUGGUUGUUUAUUUUUAGAUUAUUGUCGCGCCAAUUUUGUACUUCUAGUCAUUCGAGCCUUGUCUAGCUGUCAAGUUUAAGAAAUUUUUUAUUUGAAAUGAGUAUGAUUGCAAUAUUCGGUGUACAGUUACCUUUUAUUGAUAUUAGGACUAAAAUGAAUUGAAUUUCUUGUUGUAGAUAAUGUACUAGAUUUAACUAUCUUAAUAUAUUGGGUACUCAUUUUUUUUGAAUAUUGACUUACGUAAAACAAAAUGUAUAUAUUACAUAAUUUUCAAUGUUAACUUUUUAAAUUAUUAGGUGUCUGAUUGUUGAUCAAAGAUACUUGUGACACUUCUUAGUACAUUUAUUACAGGCAAUAUUUGUAUAUGUCUUGUAAAUGUAUCAUUUGUUUUUUAUUUAGCUUUUUGUUUUGCUUUAUUUUGGCCUUGAGUUAGCGGGUUUUUCUCUCUAAUUAUGUUAAAUUAUACACAUUAACAUUAAACAUUAAUUUUAUUAUUUAAUAGAGAAAUUAUUUGUAAAAAAUGUGUACAGCUAGACAUACAUUUUACCUAAUACUUAAGAUAAACUAGCCCUUCAAUUCUUUUCAUUUCACUCUUUAACAAUUCUCUACGGUUUCCCUAAUUAACUAGACAUGUGCUAUAGUACAAGGAUGACCCUACUUUACCAGCCUGUAAAAGUGACAUUUAUACAACUUAUUGACUGUUUAAUAAUUUUACAUUAAUGCAACUGUGACCCUGAUUUUUGACACAAUGACCUCGAAAUUAUUAGAUGUCAUCUACUGACAUGAUCCUACUGGCCACGACAUAGUAUCUCGUGCGCACGAGAUAAAUCAAAACACACACAUGUCACCUGUGUGCCACCUAUUUCUCUCCCUUUCAUCACACUUUUUUUUCGGGGGGGGGGGGUCGUUAGGUGCCUUCUGCAUGCACUGGUGGUGUGACAGGUUUUGGUCGGGUUGUCGGGGAUGCGGUCUGUGAACAUCGUCUUGCCUUGCUGAUCUUGGUUCUCUUUUUAUGGUGUCGGGGUGGAAGGGCAAUAUGUUGGAAAUUUGUUUUUGUUUACAUUUUAAACAUAGUUUAAUGUUAAGCUUUACAUUAUUAUAUUUAUAAUUGAUACUCUGUUAUGAUUGUGUUCAACAAAGGCAGGCAUUAUUAUACAGUGUAAGCUUUUUACAUUUUGC